AUGUCGCAGGUCUGGCAUAAUCCGAAUUCCCAGUCGAAUGAGGCGUCUACUCCAACUGAUACCGCCAAUUCGAACGAAAGAACCGAAAAGGAACCGCCCCUCCAGGGAACACAGCCUAGUUCCUUCGUUCAACCACAACAACGCAUUACUCUACCUUCGCUGUCAGCUUUGAACGCUAAGGACGAAGACAGGAGAGAUGGCAAUGGCAAUGGCCAUGGUCAACAACAACAACAACAACAGCCGUUGGGCUCACAUUCUACUCGCAUACUGGGCUAUCCUCCUGCUCAUUCGAAUGUCAUGCCUUCCAAUUCGGCGCUAAAACAACCCCACGACUACCACCCCCGUUCGAACUCGCCCUCCUCGUCUCCUUCUUCAAACGCCGCGGCUAUGGCGGCUGCUGUAGCAGCGGCUGCUCCAGCUCCAGCACCAGCUCCUCUACCUACUACAGGAGGUGCUAGCUUUUCCCUAUCAAGAUUCGACAAUCCUUUGCCGAUGAACACUCUUGGACGUACCGAAGACCGGAAGAGUUAUAACGGUCUGCCAGAGGAAGAAAAAAUAAACCAACAAGUUCAAGAUCAUAAGGAAGUUCCCACUGCGGUACAACCCGCCGACGCGGCCGAAGUCUCAAGUGUUUACACUGACACUAAAGACGAUGUUAAUGUCGAGAACACUAACGAUGAAGAUCCUGACUAUAGACCCUUAAACGUCAAAGAUGCUUUGUCGUACCUCGAACAAGUCAAAUUUCAAUUCAAUUCGCGUCCCGAUAUUUAUAAUCUAUUUUUAGAUAUCAUGAAGGACUUCAAGUCACAAGCAAUUGACACGCCCGGUGUCAUCGAAAGAGUGUCCACUUUGUUUAGGGGCUAUCCGGUUUUGAUUCAAGGAUUCAACACGUUCCUGCCUCAAGGUUAUAGGAUCGAGUGUUCUGCUAACCCGGACGACCCCAUUAGAGUCACCACCCCUAUGGGUACUACGACAGUAAAUAAUAACGUCAGUCCACCCGCAAGAGGCACUCUAGACACGCAGGAGCCCAGCUCUUUUCCGGAAGCCGAUGGAAGCACUAUCCCACAAUCUCACAACGUGCCCAUGGUACCUUCGAAUGUUUACCACUCGGAACAGAGUCAAGAUCAACAACAAUCUCAGCCCCUUUCGAAUAAUCCUCCUGGCUUACCUUCAAUUCAUCAACCCGAAUUACCAAUUCCCCAGGGUCAACCUUUAACUAUUCAAGAAGACGUUAAGAAAAAUGUCGACGUCGAAUUUAGUCAAGCCAUAAGUUACGUCAAUAAGAUUAAAACUAGAUUUGCCGAUCAACCUGAUAUCUAUAAGCAUUUCUUGGAAAUUUUGCAAACAUACCAAAGAGAACAAAAGCCGAUCAAUGAAGUCUAUGCACAAGUUACUCAUCUUUUCCAAAAUGCACCUGAUUUACUUGAAGAUUUCAAGAAAUUUUUACCAGACUCUUCAGCUUCUGCUAAUGAACAGGUACAGCAUGCCCAGCAACAUGCCCAGCAACAACAGGAGGCCCAAAUGCAUGCACAGGCCCAGGCUCAGGCUCAGGCUCAGGCUCAAGCACAAGCACAGGCUCAGGCUCAAGCACAGGCUCAAGCACAGGCUCAAGUGGAAGCAGAACAGCAGCAGCAGCAGCAGCAGCAGCAGCAAUUCUUGUAUCCGGCAUCGAACUAUUAUAGCCAUUCUGCUAAUGGAGGUAUUCCACAACAGAAUUUGCCCCCCAUUGGAAGUUUUUCUCCCCCAACAAACGGUUCCACUGCACACGAAGGUUACCAAGAUCAACAACAUAUGCAACCACCUCAUUUAAUUCCCUUACCUUCGAUGGUUCAGCAGGGUCCAAAUAUGGUGCACCAAGGAAUUGUAAACGAAAACCUACCUCUUUCGGAUUUAAGAACUUCUCUUACCGACCAGUAUGCUCCAUCCAGUUUCCAACAGCAACAGCAACCAAGUACUAGUCCUAUAAUAGAUUCGCAAUAUGGUGAUGUGCCUGUUAGGCCAGAAAUCGAUUUGGAUCCAAGCAUAGUACCUGUGGUUCCUGAACCAACAGAACCUAUCGAAGAUAACAUAUCGCUCAAUGAAGAAGUUACUUUUUUUGAAAAAGCAAAGAGAUAUAUUGGCAAUAAGCACCUAUACACAGAGUUUUUGAAAAUUUUGAAUUUGUACUCUCAAGAUAUACUUGAUCUAGGUGACUUAGUGGAAAAAGUAGAUUUUUAUUUGGGUUCCAACAAGGAACUAUUCUCAUGGUUUAAAAAUUUCGUCGGUUACCAAGAAAAGACCAAAAGUAUCGAAAACGUUGUCCAUGAAAAACAUAGGUUGGACUUAGAUCUAUGUGAAGCAUUCGGUCCAAGCUACAAAAGAUUACCAAAGAGUGAUACUUUCAUGCCAUGUUCAGGCAGAGAUGAUAUGUGUUGGGAAGUAUUAAAUGACGAAUGGGUUGGACACCCAGUAUGGGCUUCUGAAGAUUCUGGGUUUAUUGCCCACCGUAAAAACCAAUACGAAGAAACACUAUUCAAGAUUGAAGAAGAAAGGCACGAAUAUGAUUUUUACAUUGAGUCUAAUUUAAGAACUAUCCAAUGCUUAGAAACAAUCGUAAAUAAAAUUGAGAAUAUGACGGAAAACGAGAAGGCCAAUUUCAAGCUUCCCCCAGGUCUUGGUCAUUCUUCAAUGACUAUUUAUAAAAAAGUGAUAAGAAAAGUUUACGACAAAGAAAGAGGAUUUGAAAUUAUUGACGCUCUACAUGAACAUCCUGCAGUGACAGCUCCAGUCGUUUUGAAGAGACUAAAACAAAAGGACGAAGAAUGGAGAAGAGCUCAACGUGAAUGGAAUAAAGUUUGGAGGGAACUGGAACAAAAGGUUUACUUCAAGUCAUUGGAUCAUUUGGGUUUAACAUUUAAGCAAGCCGAUAAGAAACUAUUAACCACGAAGCAGCUAAUAUCGGAAAUCAGCAGCAUCAAAGUUGAUCAAACAAAUAAAAAGAUUCAUUGGUUGACUCCUAAACCAAAGAGCCAAUUAGAUUUUGAUUUUCCAGAUAAGGAUAUUUUCUAUGAUAUUUUGUAUUUGGCAGACAGUUUCAUAGCACAUACCACAGCUUAUUCGAAUCCUGAUAAAGAAAGGCUGAAAGAUUUGUUAAAUCAUUUUAUAUCUUUGUUUUUUUCUAUUCCUUUAGAAAAAAUCGAAGAAGCAUUGCAAUCUUAUAAACAAAAUUUGUCAGACUCUAGUGGAUCUGACGAUGGAGAUUCUACUACAUCUAGAAAAAGGCCAUAUCAACAGGAAAUGAGUUUACUUGACAUUUUACAUAGAAGCAAAUACCAGAAGCUAAAGCAAUCUAACGACGAAGACGGCAAAGUACCGCAACUUUCGGAGCCACUUGACGAAGAAUCCAAUGCUAUCGAGGAAGAAGAACUCAUCAAUGAAGAAGCCAAAAACCCUUGGUUAACCGGGAAUUUGGUGGAAGAAGCAAACUCUCAAGGCAUUAUCCAAAAUCGGAAUAUCUUUAAUUUGUUUGCCAAUUCGAAUAUUUACAUAUUUUUCCGUCAUUGGACAACCAUUUACGAACGUCUUUUGGAAAUCAAGCAAAUGAAUGAAAAGGUCACUAAGGAAAUCGGUAAAAGAUCAAUGGUCACUUUUGCCAAAGAUUUGGAUCUGCUUUCCAGCCAACUUUCUGAAAUGGGAUUGGAUUUCAUUGGUGAGGACGCGUACAAGCAAGUACUGAAACUGAGUAGGAGGCUAAUUAACGGUGACCUUGAACAUCAGUGGUUUGAAGAGGGUUUACGUCAAGCUUACAAUAAUAAGGCUUUCAAACUCUAUACCAUUGAUAAAGUCACCCAAUUGUUGGUAAAGCAUGCUCACACCUUAAUGACUGAUGCUAAAACUGCAGAAAUAAUGGCUCUAUUUGUCAAAGAUAGAAACUCUUCCACAACAAGUGCCAAGGAUCAAAUUAUUUACCGUUUGCAGGCACGUUCAUAUAUGUCCAAUACAGAGAAUAUGUUUAGGAUGGAGUUUGAUAAAAGAAAUUUGCAUGUUUCCGUUCAAUAUAUUGCCCUUGAUGAUUUAACCCUAAAGGAACCUAGAGCGGAUGAAGAUAAAUGGAAGUACUACGUAACAUCGUAUGCUUUACCACAUCCAACGGAAGGUAUCUCUCACGAGAAGCUCAAGAUACCAUUUUUGGAAAGACUUAUUGAAUAUGGGCAAGACACUGAUGGGAGGGAAGUUGACGAAAAAUUCUCUCCAGAAGGUAUCUCUGUAUCGACGCUGAAAAUCAAGAUUCAGCCUGUGACCUAUAAGCUGCAUAUUGAAAAUGGGUCUUAUGACGUUUUUACUCGUAAGGCAGCUAACAAAUAUCCGACCAUUGCUAAUGAUGACAUUCACAAAGAAACGGUCGUAAAAAAGACAGGGUUGGUAUCAAAGUUUUUGGAUAACGCAAUACGUUUAAGGAAUGAUUUAAAUGAGACUAGGAAAUUAACUAUGCAAGAAAAAUUGGACAGCCUAAAAGGCUCCACGGCAAAGGUGGACGUUGAUAAUAAAAUAAUAGUAACCAAAAACGAAAAAGCUAUAGAGGCAAAGGAAGAACAGCCAGAGAAUUUUCCAACUCCCGAUACACAUGUAUUACCUUCUUCCAUCGCAAAUGUGCCACAAGAUGAUAAUACAGUAGUGACCGGAGGCACGGGUCCUUCCGAUAAAGAGAUAAAAUAA